AUGUCUUCCUCUUCACUAGAGGCCUUAUCCAACGAAGUUCUUCUCAUGAUCAUUCAGCAAGUUGACUUCUCGAAGGCCAGUUUCGUUGCUCUCACUGUGAUCAGUCACCGCUUCCACGAAUUGAUCAUUAGUCGAGGAGGCCGAUUGCUAUACGAUAUCGCUGCUGUCCAGUUUCCUCUAGCUUUGAUCACGGAGCGUGAUCCGCCGGCGUUCAGUAUCAAGAGUUACAUUAGCCUGUCCUUGCAGACGCUAGAGAAAAUAGCCAUAAGAUCUCAGAGCUAUGAGAACGUGCUACGCAUCUUCCAGAGGAUCGAGCAACGCAUGGAGCAGGAAGCUCGACACUUCAGAAAGCACUUUGCAUUGCCUAGCUGGGAAGAAAACGUCUUGUUGGGUCUUCACAUAUCCUACAGAAUGCAAGAAAUUUUAAGUGAGAUAGACGUGCACGAUCUACCGACUCUCAACUCUCAUACCUCCAGAGGCAUCUCACACUACGAGGCGUGGGUGCUCUCUUUGCCUCCAGCCCUGUGUCUUGCAUUGCGCCAUACUGCGUUCAUUGGCCUGGACUCCAUUCAAGCAUGGGAUUGGAAGCUUGGAAGCCGGCUACUCGGAGAUACAAUGUCUCAGAAUUCACCCUUCAUCCUGCCAUGGAUACUUGGGUUCGAGCAACACCCGGUUUACGCGCUUCUCCUUUGUGCUAGAUCCGUCGAAAUAGAGACAUCACAAAGACAGAAAAUAGGGAUGCCGCCCACCAGUCUGGAUUGGCAAGGCAUUCACGACGAUAUUAGGCAGCUUCAAGACAAAAUGUCUAUUAGGCAGCACAUAUUUAUUUACCUCACUGAUCUUGUGACACGAAGGAUUCGUCAGGACAUUCUAGGGAACUGGAAUCGCUUCGUAGAAGAAAAUCCUCGGGUGAUUGCAGGGCUUCGAAGUCAAGAAGUACGUAGCACGGAAGAGGUUCGAGCGCUCAUUGAGGGCUUUCUAGUUGGGUUUGAAGGGUAG